AUGGGAUCAGCUUUGAGUUUAUUCAAGUCAAAGAGAAAAGGAAGGAAGGUUAGCAAAAGAAGGUUGAGGGAGCAGUUGAAGGAGGCUCAAGAGUGUAUCGCUCGACUCCAAGAACAACUGCUGCUUGAAAAUAAGUUACUUGAUCAGUUUCCAAGUCACCAAAGUGAUAACUCGGAUACUGUAACCGAUGCAAUUGAGGCAUACUGUGGAAUGACAGAAAUGGAAAAAGAAAUUCAAACUUUGCAGAGAAAACUUUUUUUCGGAGAAGUUGCAUUGAAACUUACGCAAGAGAGAUGUCAGCUGAUGGAGAACAAUUACAACCUUCUCCGAACUAAGGAGAAAAACCUUCUCUGGCAGAGCCUAGCUUGUCAAACAAAACUACAGGAUUUGAAAUCAAAACACGAGGCCAUUCAGUUCUCACGAUCUAAAGAGGCAACCCCAGCGGCAAGAUGGCUAGCAAGCUCAUUACCUAAUCUUUACCUGUAAGAUAUAGAAAUUUAAGGAGGUGCUUUUACAUUCAUGGAAAGAAAAACGUGAAAGAAUUUGUGAAAGAAGCUAAUUGUCAAUUAGUUUCAAGGGCUACAUAGAAGAGAAGUAGCUAAAAAGAAAGAUUUGAUG